GGAGGAGGAGAAGGAGGAAAAAGAGGAGGAAAAGGAAAAAGGAGGAGGAGCGCACGGUAUCCUGUGGCAUGGCAGGUGAAGAAGACUUCUUUUUGGAGGAGAAGAGAUUCAGGCAGUUCUGUGAAGAGUUUGUUAAGCAUUCACAACAGAUAGGAGAUGGCUGGGAGUGGAGAACUAGCAAGGACCUUGGUGAUGGUUAUCUUAGUAAGACACAUUUCCAAGUAAGAAACAGACACAUCCCACCAGACCUCAAGGAGAAAAACAAUGAUAACGCUGAACAAAUAUUAUUUGCACAUGUAGAAGAGCCCUCGGAUGAGUGCCAGGCCGCCGGCGUGUGCGGCGCACAAGAAGUGGUUCGCUACGAGUACCACGUCCUCUACUCCAGCAGCUACCAGGUGCCUGUGCUGUAUUUCAGAGCCUGCUUCUUGGAUGGAAGGCCUUUAACUCUGGAUGAAAUAUGGGGGAGUGUUCAUGCAUCCUACCAGGCUCGUCUGCAGGAGGGGCCCUGGGACACUAUCACACAGCAGGAGCACCCCAUCCUCGGGCAGCCUUUCUUUGUGCUGCACCCCUGUCGAACCAAUGAAUUCAUCUCUGCUGUGCUGAGAGGCUCACAGGAGCAGCACAGACACACAAAUUACAUCACACUGUGGCUCAGUACUGUAGGCCCAGUUGUGGGCCUGAAUCUGCCUUUGAGUUAUGCAAAAGUGGCACCUGAGCAGAGCACAGCUGUGGCUGAAAGGGCCCUGAGCUGAAGGACUGGGAGUGGUUAGGCUGUGAUAAAGCUGCUGCAGACUGCCCUGGGGGUGAAACGGAAGGGUCCUCCCUGGCUGCUCAGCCAUGCCAGAGUGGAAAUGGUUGCUCAUGGCUGUUUUUGUGGCCAGAGCUCACCACUGAGGAUGUGGGAAUUGGCUGCAGCUGUGGGAGCACCUCCCCAGCACCACCCAGACCUGAGCUCCCUUGAAGUCACUCAUCUCCUGCUGAGGCUGCAGACAGAUGCACGAGCCAGAGCCAGAGCCGCUGGAUCCACUGAACUUACCUCUAGAAAAUCUGCACCAUCUGUGGGGCAGAAAAAGCAACAUAGAAAAAUGCUUGUGGGGCGUGGUGUGAGUGUGUGGAGCCAGGGUAUGGGCUGGGACUGGGAGGCACCUUCUCCAGCCCGUGUUCCCCAGCACACAGAACACCCUCAUCCCGGGAAUAUCCCCGCACAUCACAGCUCAGGGAGCAAAGGGGGUCAGGGCUGUCACACACAGAGCCCUUGGAGCCUGCACGGAGUGAGCAGGCCCAGCUCUGCAGCUCAGGAGCCUGGAGCAGCCCUGUGGGAACAGCUGGCUCUGCCCUGCUCUGCU